GAGGCAAUCAGUCACGUGAGUGAAGCGGAUCAAAAUGAUGGCAGACCAGGACCCACAAGCAGACGAUGACGUAAACCUUCCAAGAGCUGCUGUCAACAAGCUCAUCAAGGAGAUGCUUCCUAAUAUCAGAGUUGCAAACGAUGCGAGAGAGUUGAUUCUUAACUGCUGCACAGAGUUUAUUCAUCUUCUGGCUUCAGAAGCCAAUGAGCUAUGCGGCAAACAAUCUAAGAAAACCAUAACUCCCGAGCACAUCAUUAAGGCUCUCGAAUCCUUGGGCUUUGCCUCAUAUGUUGUUGAAGUCAGUGAUGUCUUAACUGAACAUAAGAAAGAAGCAAAGACUCGGCGAAAAGCAAGUACAAAACUAGAGAAGAUGGGUAUCCCAGAGGAAGAACUACUGCGUCAACAGCAAGCGUUAUUUGCACAAGCAAGAAUAGAACAAGCACAGGCCGAACAGGAAGAGUUCAUGAAAUGGAAGCAAGCGCAGACAAUUCAACAGCAAGAAUCAAGCACCAUAGCACCAGUUAGCGAACACGACAACCACAACGACGAACACGACGACGACAACUAGACAACCCUGAAGUCU